CUCUUCAAAAGACAAUAUGCGCUCCUUUCUUACCGCACUUUUGGCUGUGCCAGCUGCGCUCGCAGCGCCUGUCUUGCUCGACACUCGACAAGCAGAUAGCAUUGCUGGAUCAUGGAUCGUGAAAGUCAAACAGAACUCCGUCCUCAGCAAUGUGAUCUCUCAAGUCUCACAGGCCGCCGGUGUUCAAGCCAAGUACACGUACGACUUUGGUAGCUUCAAGGGAUUCUCUAUCGAUGGAGUAUCCGACCUCACCACCUUGGUCGGCAACAUUGCCGCUAUCGAGUCCAUUGAGCCCAACACGCGAGUGACCACAAGCGCGCUGGUCACACAAAACAACGUGCCUUCAUACGGUCUGGCACGGAUUUCACAUCGCGAGAAUGGCGCUACCUCGUAUGUAUACGACGACAGUGCGGGCGUUGGCACCUUUUCCUACAUCAUCGAUACUGGCAUCAGGACAACCCAUCAAGAUUUCGGCGGUCGUGCUACCUUUGGUCAAAGCUUUGUCGAAGGCGAGCCAUUCCAAGAGGAUGGAAACGGCCACGGAACACAUGUUGCUGGCACGACUGGAUCGACUACCUACGGUGUUGCAAAGAGGACUAGCCUCAUUGCUGUUCAGGUGCUAGGCGCAGCGGGCUCCGGCUCGAACGCUGGUGUGCUUGCAGGCAUUGACUGGGCCGUCAACGACGCCAAAUCCAAAGGUCGCAUCGGAAAAGCCGUCGCAAACCUCUCUCUCGGCGGCCUCUUCAGCCCCACCACCAACGCCGCAGUAGCCGAAGCCGUCAACCAAGGCCUCUUCCUCGCCGUCGCAGCCGGAAACUCCGGUCUCCCCACCAUCACCUCCUCCCCGGCCUCCGCCCCCGAAGUCUGCACCGUCGGCGCCAGCGACAAAAACGACGCUCGAGCCUCCUACUCCAACUUCGGCCUUCUCGUGGACAUUUUCGCUCCCGGUACCAACAUUACUUCCACGUGGAUCGACAGCGAUACCGACAUCAACACCAUUUCGGGCACUUCCAUGGCGACUCCUCACAUCACUGGCCUCGGAGCGUAUUUGCUUGCGUUGGAGGGCUCUCGGACGCCUAGUGCGCUUUGUCAGAGAAUUGGAGAGUUGAGUACGAAGAAUGCGCUGAAUUUGGGUUUGCAGCUUUUUUCGCCGAAUAAACUUGCGUAUAAUGGGAAUGGUGCUUAGGAGGGAAGAAAUGGAUUUAUGGGGGUUUUUUUUUUUUGAAAAGAAAUAAUGAAUUAUGAUAUGUCUGUCCUAGGUUGGGCAGAUUGUGAGGAAGAGUGGAGGAGAUUAUUAUGAUGCUCGACUGCUUUGCUCUGGUAGCACUUACAGGUACCGAGUGUAAAACGAACAAAAUCUUUGACUCAUCUU